CGUUUGAAGGUUUCAACCUGCCAAAUUGAAUCUUCUUGGCAGUUGGUGGCGCUUAAAAAAAAAAAAAACAAAAAGAAAGAAAAGGCAAAAAAAUAAGAUUUGUUGUUUUUAGAGAGAAUAGAAUAUAGACCUUAGAGAGAGAAAGAUUCAUAAAGGAAAUGACAAGCCAUAUCCAUUAUUUUUUUCUCUUCUCUUGAUCCAUAUCUCUCUCUUCUCCAUCGGAUCAUCCUCUCUUUCUGUUGUAUCUCAAAUUUCCAACUAUAAAUUCUGAGCUUUUCUUCUUCAAACAUUUUUUUUCCACUUUUCUUUUGUUUUUCUUGGGUUUUUAAUCAAUUUAGCACAUACCCUUUUCUCUUUCUGUACAAAUUCUUCAAUUGAUUCGUUAUUUCUCAGUUUUUUUGCACAAUUAUUUCUGGGUUUCUCUGUUGCGAAGAAUCUUUCUCUCUCUUUCUUUUUCCUCAUUAGCAAUUAAUCUUUUUGGAUUUGGAGAUUAAGAUGAUGAUGAUGACAAUGGAAGGGAUGAUGGAUAAGGGAGUCUUGGAUGAUAUUAUUAGGAGGCUAUUGGAAGGGAAAGGAGGCAAACAGGUGCAGCUAUCUGAAGGAGAGAUCCGGCAAUUGUGUGUUAACGCACGCCAAAUCUUUCUCUCUCAACCUAAUCUGCUUCAGAUAAAAGCUCCGGUUCGCGUUUGUGGUGAUAUACAUGGACAAUAUCAAGACCUACUGAGGCUAUUUGAGUAUGGUGGCUACCCUCCUUCUUGCAACUACCUCUUUCUUGGAGACUAUGUUGAUCGAGGGAAGCAAAGUUUGGAGACUAUAUGUCUGCUUUUGGCCUAUAAAAUCAGAUAUCCUGACAAAGUUUUUCUCUUGAGGGGAAAUCAUGAGGAUGCAAAGAUCAAUCGGAUAUAUGGAUUUUAUGAUGAGUGUAAAAGGAGAUUCAAUGUUAGGCUUUGGAAAAUAUUUACUGACUGCUUUAAUUGCUUGCCUGUGGCUGCACUAAUUGAUGAGAAGAUACUGUGCAUGCAUGGCGGCCUCUCCCCUGAGUUGGAGAACGUGAACCAAAUAAAGGAUAUUCAGAGGCCUACUGAAAUUCCUGAUAGUGGUCUUCUUUGUGAUCUGCUUUGGUCUGAUCCUGAUGGCAAAAUUGAGGGCUGGUCAGAUAGCGAUCGUGGUGUUUCAUGUACCUUUGGAGCUGAUCGGGUUGCCGAAUUUUUGGAUAAGAAUGACCUUGAUCUCAUUUGCCGAGGGCAUCAGGUGGUAGAGGAUGGAUAUGAAUUUUUUGCUAAUCGAAAAUUAGUCACAAUAUUUUCAGCUCCAAACUAUGGAGGGGAGUUUGACAAUGCAGGUGCCUUAUUGAGUGUCGAUGAAGCUCUAGUAUGUUCCUUUGAGAUAUUGAAGCCACCUCCAUCAGCAAGCACUUCUAAGUUGCCCCUUAAGAAGCCUCCUAAAAUAUAGGACAAGUGCAUUUGGAGAUUCAUCGGUUUUUGAUAGGAGAUAGAGCAAGCUCCCUCAUGCUACUCAGUUACUGUGCAGUCUUACAAGAUAAGAAAUGCUUUUUUCCUGUUUGAAAUAUAGCAGAUGAUUCAAUUUUCAAUGCAGAUUACUAGAGAGAAAUUCUGUAGAUCAACUGUAUCUUCUGGCGUGGAGCUGAAAAGUUCAAAUUUAACACCGUUUGAUAACAUCCUUAUUCCACUGAUUAGCAUUUGCAAUCUACAGAGAGAGAAUAGUCUGCUUUGAUUUUUUGUUGAGUUUGUAACAGUACCAACUGUGGUUUGCUCAUUUCACCCUCUUGUUCACAUAUUACCCAUCAAAUAUAAUUCCUUACAGCCAGCAUGGAUUGUAUCAGAUUGUACCUUUCAAGCAACUUGCUUUUGAUUCAAGUUUUUUCACUCAAAAUAUAUAAAUAAUGUUAUUGUUCCAUUUUUUUUAA